ACGGUUUCAAUUCCCAAAAGCUGAAAAAUACAUGCAAUUCCAAUUUCAAAUUAUUCAAUUCCCCAAUUCCCCCCUCUCUUCUUCUUCUUCUUCUUCUGAAAAAAUUAGGGUUUUGAGAAAAAUUAGUGUUGUUUUCGAUCAAUUCUCUCUGCAAUUAGAAAAUUGAGCUUCCAUUUUGAUCAUCCAUGGAGAUCACCUCUCCCAUCAUCAUCACCUUCUUCUUCCUCUUCCUCAUCCUUGCCACUCCUUCCAUUUCCUCUUCUAAAGGUGGAUCUGAAAAUGGGGCCAUGGAAAUUUCUUCAGAGGUUUAUGAAAUAGACUAUAGAGGACCAGAAACUCACUCAUCUCAUUUUUCUCCACCUGAUCACCACUCCCAUGGAAGGCCUUGGAUUAUUCACCAUCAACCUAAAUUACACUCUCUCAACCCUUCUCCAAACUCACGCAAGGUAAGCUGCAAGAAGGUGGGUGCAUGAUAUGGGAAGUUUUGGAAGCAUUGUGUCGAUGUUUAGAAAUUAAAUUAAACUUGGUGAACUUUUUUCUUUUCGUUUUUUUUUUAAUAUCGACGAGUAUCCAAGUCAGCUUAUGCACCGAUUCAAUUCGGUGAACUUGAGAUAGAAUAUAUGGACAACCAAUCCCCAUGUACAAUUUCUUUUCUUUUUUUUUUUUCCUUAAUUUUCCGCUUGAGUAUAAUUUUGUACAAAUUAAGAUUUCAUUAAUAUUUUGUGUGUUUGGAGUUUGAACAUAAGUUCUGUGUUGUAAUUGGUUAAGAAGACAUCAACGUAUAACAUAUUUUACUUC